AUGGAAAAAAUGAUUCAGCUGAUUAUUUUAUAUGCAUCUUUUCAACUUUUUCUUUCAGAAGAGACAAGCAAAACUUCCUUUUGGGAGCAAGUCGCUCUAAACUCACCCAAAAGUACGAUUUCUAAAGAAACUGGAAUAAAAAUUGCAAGCACUCUAUGUGGGGAACCUUUGAUUUUAGAUACAAAUGAAUGAUGGAGCUAUGCCGUGGAGCUUGGCUACCAAGUCAAACAGUUUCAUAUUGAUAGAAACGGACUUUUUCAGAAGCAGCAAGACCCAACUCCAAAAGAAAUUAUUUUAGGAUCAUGAAAUUCUUCAGCAUGUGCAGAUUAUCCAUUUCCUGGACUUUUUAAUAAAAUUCGUCCAGAGUUAUAUGUUGAUGGACGUUUAGUCAGACUAAUCUUCCCUUAUGCAGAGGUUGGGAAUGGAUUUUUGAAAAAUUGGAAUAUUUUUAUCCAAAGUAAAAAAUACAAAAUAGUGCUAAAAGCAAGUAAUAAUUUGUUUUUACUAGACAGUAAGCCUGCUAAUGAAAAUCUUUCUAGUGUGAAAUAUAAAAUAGUUCCAGGGGCUAAAAAUGCUGAUUUGGUUAAAUUUACGACAAUAAUUGGGAAAUAUAUUUUUUGUCCAAAUUGUGGAUUUAUUAAUUAUUUUAAAGAAGGAAAAACUACUGUUUUCGCAACAAAUCAUGGGUCUGAGUUGAGAAAAAUUAAAAAAAUUUGGGAUGACACCUUUAUUGAAAUUGAUUUUCCAUUGAUUGGAACUGAAAUUGAAGAAACAAGAAUUUCUCAGCCUUAUGCUUCUGAUACUACAUUACUUUUUGAAAAAAUAAGUGGAAAAUUGAUUCCAAGCAGCUAUUUUCUGCAUGGAGAGGAAACAGAAUUUUGGAAAAUCCAAGAAAAUGAUUACAUUGCAGUUAUUUCCGGGUGCAGGUCCAAUGAUAGUGCAUUUUUGAUAGUGUGCAUUUCAUUUCACCUGAGUAUUUUUGGUCGAAAAAUUUCAACAGUGUACCCCAUUUGGCCGAAAUUUAACGGUUUUUUUCGGUCAAAUGUUUCACUAUAAAACAUGAUUCGAACAAAUUUUCGCCUAUGAGAUGUCGCACUAUCAAAAAUCCACAGUCAUUUGACAUGGAGCCGUUAUUCCCAAAUCUAUCUACAAUGAUGACAUUUUAUUUAUUUUGCGUGAAGAUUUUUUUAAGAUGGUAGAUUUGCAUCAGAUUUCAAAAGUAUCUAAUAUUCUUUCACAUAAUAUUCUUGUGCUGCAGAAACCUUUUUCUCCUGUUGAAAUAUCCGCAAAUGAAACUUAUAAUUUUUAUGUAUUUGACUCCAGAAUUAGCAAUUCAACUGUUUUCUUUAAUAAUUCAUUCUGGAAUCCUCAUUGCCCAAGCCAAAUCAGAGCUUAUUCAGAUACAAAAUACCAAUAUUUCGCAUUACCCUGUUUCAAUUUAAUAUCAACAGGACAAGGUUUAAUUUCUUUUGCCAUCGGCCAUACCUUCCCAAUUGCUUUUCCAAGCGUCACCCUCAAUCUUUAUUCAAAGACUGAUCCGCUCUUUCAGAUCAUAAUAGGAGUAGAAGACGGUCACAUGAGCAUCAUCCACUCCUUAGCAGACGAAGAUUUAGCAGUUUACGACGAGCAGAUUUAUUCCUACCUCCAAAACAUCACACAUAUAUGGAUCGGCAUCUAUAAUGACUUUAUUUAUUUAGGAACAGGCACGAAGCUUGGCUCUGGCUUAAAAAUUAGAUAUUCCCAUCCAAAUGCUAAAUUGAUAACCCAUUUUACUAUGGUGAUCUUAGGACAAGCUAAUAUAUCAGAUUUGGUAGUUAUAGAUACAGUCCCUUAUGUAAAGUCUGUAUUUAACUUUUUAGAGUCCAUUCCUCAGCCAAAAUCGUUUAUUACUUACACAGAACAUUUAGCUGAUGGAGAUUCAGAUGAUUGCAAUAGAAAGACCAAGAUAGAAUAUAGAACUUUCUCUUCAAUAGCGCGAAAAGACGUGCAUCCUGGUUUAACUAAAAGGUCUUUGGACAAUGAAAAUCUGCUAUUCCUUCUCCAUAAGAGAGGAAAAUAGUGAAAAUGAAGAUUUCUGUCCGAUCCAGUUUCGAGAACUGGAAGGGAUUAUUUUGUCCUAAAUUAAGAAUACCUGAGUUAUUGUGGGAUUUUGAUUUCCUACAAAAUUUUUUAUUUUAAUAUAUUUUGGUUCGUCAAAUGGUUUUGACGAGUUAAUUCUGGCAGGCACGUGAAAUGAAAAAAAUAAUUAAUUGCCAUAAUUUUUAGGAUGAUCAGAAAUUUUAAUAAAUGGCACAGGAUCAAAAAAAUGAGAUUAAAGAUUAGUGAAAGCAAGCAUAUAUUUUCUAGCUAUAAGACGCCUAGAUAUUUGCUAAUAAAAUAAUAAGAAUUCUAAUAAAAUAAACUUUUAUAUUUCUCAAAUUAAUUUUUUAUUUAAAUUUCGCUAUUUGAUGCCAUUGUUUUCUCUUUCUGAAUUUGAACCCAAAUUCAUUUUUGAACAUUUUUUGUUCGUUUAAGUGCCAUCUUGAUUUGCACGCUAUAUAAAAAUAUUAAAACUCUUAAGUCACCAUUUGCGGUUUCAUUCAAACUUGGAAUUUAAAGUAUCAAAACAACUAUUUGGUGCCUUUAUUUUCCGCUUUCUGGAUUCGAGCACAAAUUCAUUUUUGAACAUUUUUUGUUCGUUUAAGCCGCCAUCUUGAUUUUGUACGCUAUAUAAAUAAAUUUAAAACUCUUAAGUCACCACUUGCGGUUUCAUUGAGAACUUGGUAUUUAAAGUAUCACAACAACUAUUUGACACCUUUAUUUUCCGCUUUCUAGACUCGAGCACAAAUUUAUUUUUGAACACUUUUUGUUCGUUUAAGCCGCCAUCUUGAUUUGCACGCUAUAUAAAAAAAUUAAAACUCUUAAGUCACCACUUGCGGUUUCAUUCAAAAAACUUGGAAUUUAAAGUAUCAAAACAGCUAUUUGGUGCCUUUAUUUUCCGCUUUCUGGAUUCGAGCACAAAUUUCAUUUUUGAAGAAUUUUUGUUCGUUAAAGCCGCCAUCUUGAUUUGACCGCUAUAUAAAAAAAAAAUUAAAACUCUUAAGUCACCACUUGCGGUUUCAUUCAAAACUUGAUAUUUGAAAAACUAAAAUAAGCUUCUUGGUAUCUUUAUUUUCCGCUUUUUGGACUCGAGCACAAAAUUCAUUUUUGAACACUUUUUGUUCGUUUUAAGUGCCAUCUUGAUUAGCACGAUAUAUAAAAAAAAUUAAAACUCUUAAGUCACCACUUGCGGUUUCAUUCAAAACUUGGAAUUUAAAGUAUCAAAACAGCUAUUUGGUGCCUUUAUUUUCCGCUUUUUGGACUCAAGCACAAAUUCAUUGUUUAAAAUUUUUUGUUCGUUUAAGCCGCCAUCUUGAUUUUGUACACUAUAGAAAUAUUAAAACUCUUAAGUCACCAUUUGCGGUUUUAUUGUAGACUUGAUAUUUGAGAAACAAAAUAAGCUAUUUGACAUCUCUAUUUUCCACUUUCUGGACUCGAGCACAAAUUUAUUUUUGAACAUUUUUUGUUCGUUUAAGCCGCCAUCUUGAUUUGACCGCUAUAUAAAAUAUUAAAACUUAAGUCACCACUUGCGGUUUCAUUCAAAGCAUGAUAUUUGAAAAACUAAAAUAAGCUUCUUGGUAUCUUUAUUUUCCGCUUUCUGGAUUCGAGCACAAAUUCAUUUUUGAAUAUUUUUUGUUCGUUAAAGCCGCCAUCUUGAUUUUGCUCGCUAUAUAUAAAAUAUUAAAACUCUUAAGUCACCAUUUGCGGUUUCAUUGAGAACUUGGUAUUUAAAGUAUUAAAAUAAGCUAUUUGGUGCCUUUAUUUUCCGCUUUCUGGAUUCGAGCACAAAUUUCAUUUUUGAACAAUUUUUGUUCGUUUAAACCCGCCAUCUUGAUUUUGUACAUUAUAUAAAAAUAUUAAAACUCUUAAGUCACCAUUUGCGGUUUCAUUCCAAACUUGGAAUUUAAAGUAUCAUAACAACUAUUUGGUGCCCUUUAUUUUCCGCUUUCUGGACUCGAGCACAAAUUCAUUUUUUAGAUAUUUUUGCUCGUUUAAGCCGCCAUUUUGAUUUUGUACGCUAUGUAAAAAAUUAAAACUCUUAAGUCACCACUUGCGGUUUCAUUGAGAACUUGGUAUUUAAAGUAUUAAAACAGCUAUUUGGUGCCUUUAUUUUCCGCUUUCUGGAUUUGAGCACAAAUUCAUUUUUGAAGAAUUUUUAUUCGUUUAAGCCGCCAUCUUGAUUUUGCUCGCUAUAUAAAAUAUUAAAACUCUUAAGUCACCACUUGCGAUUUCAUUGAGAACUUGGUAUUUGAGAACUAAAAUAAGCCAUUUGGUGCCUUUAUUUUCCGCUUUCUGGACUCGAGCACAAAUUCAUUUUUUAAGAUUUUUUGCUCGUUUAAGCCGCCAUUUUUAUUUUGUACGCUCAAUAAAAAAUUAAAACUCUUAAGUCACCACUUGCGGUUUCAUUGAAAGUAUGAUAUUUGAGAUUUAAAAUAAGCUAUUUGAUGCCUUUAUUUUCCGCUUUCUGGAUUCGAGCACAAAUUCAUUUUUGAAGAAUUUUUGUUCGUUUAACCCGCCAUCUUGAUUUUGUAAAUUUUCUGAUCAUCCUUUACAUCAGAAAAUUAAAAAAUAAUGGCAAUUUUUUAUUAUUUAUUUCAAGUACUAACCAGAAUUGACUCGUCAAAACUAUUUGACGAACCAAAAUACAUUGAAAUUAAAAAAUUUUGCAAGAAUCAAAAUUCCACAAUAGCUCAGGUAUUCAUAAUUCAGACCAAAAAAAUUCCUUCAAGUUCUCUAGACUGGAUCGGGCAGAACUUUUCACUUUUACUAUUUGCCUCUCUUAUGGAGAAGGAAAAGCUAAUUUUCAUGGUCCAAAGACCUUUUAGUCAAACUAAGAUGCACGUCUUUUCGCGCUAUUGAAGAGAAAGUUCUAUACGUUUGUGGGCCAAGAUAUGGACUAUCUGAAGUUGAUGAAAUUUCUGACUGCAAUUACCGAGUAGUUUUGACGACCCCUUAUAUUUGUCCACAAAAUUACACUCUAAUUCCUGACGAUUACUCUACUGGCGUUUCGCUCAAAAAAUACGUUAUAAAAGCCUUCCAAAUAAAAAAUUAG